GCUGCUGCUGCUCAGUCCGCUCCUGGCGAGCGGGGCACGUGGAGAGACGCGGUGGUGAGGAGGAGGAGGAGGAGAGCCCCAAUGCCUUUCCAUUUCCCCAGCAGUCCUCUCUCGGAGCGGAGUGCAGCCAUGGGCAAAGGCUGCAGGGUGGUGGUUUGCGGACAGGCGUCUGUGGGCAAGACAGCCAUCCUGGAGCAGGUGCUCUACGGCAGCCACGUGGUCGGCUCCCAGAUGCACGAGACACAGGAGGACGUGUUUGUGGCGUGGGUGGAGACGGAGCGCGGCGUGCGGGAGCAGGUGCGUCUCUACGACACGCGGGGGCUGCGCGACUCGCCCUCCGAGCUGCCCCGCCACUACUUGGCGCUGGCCGACGGCUUCCUGCUCGUGUACAGCGUGGACAAUGUGCAGUCCUUUCGCAAGGUGGAGGCACUCAAGAAAGAGAUUGACCGAGCAAGGGACAAGAAAGAGGUGACGGUCGUCGUCCUAGGAAACAAGAGUGACCUCCGCGCGAAUCGGGCCGUGCGGUUGGAUCAGGCCCAGCAGUGGGCCCGGACGGAGAAGGUGCGUCUCUGGGAGGUGUCGGUGACGGACAGGAGGACCCUGUUGGAGCCACUUGUUUUCCUCGCCAGCAAGCUCACCCAGCCACCCAGCAAGCCCGCCUUCCCGCUGCCCCGCCGCAGCAAGGGGGGCACCUCUGAGAACUGAGGAUGCGUUUUUUUUGCAGGUGUGCAGCCACUCUCGUGGGUGCCCGGACACCCCCACACUGUUUAUGUCUGCUUGAGAGACACCACCAGAAGUUUUAACCAAAAUCAUUGUACUUUUGAAUCGCCAUAUUUCUCCCUUCAACUAGGCAACAUAAAUGUUGACUAUGCCAAUUAUAUUAUAGAACAUUUAAAUUCAAUGGAGCGCACAUUGUGCGCUUAGAACCUAGUCAAUAACCAGCAGUUGUGUAAAUUUAUAUAAAUAUAGUACAGUAGAAUUCCACGUAUCUGUGGCCCUAUUAACCACGACUCCUAUUAUUUAUUGCACCAUAUUCUAACCAAUAGCCACCGGGAACCAUUUGCCAGUAGGACAUCCCCCAACUUCUGAAGUGUGGCUGCAGCCCUGGUUUGAGACGUGGCUUGUCUUCCAGUUGCCUGUGUAUUUUAACUCUCUUAGUUCUAUCAUCAUUCUCAUUAUGCUAUCACUCAUUGUGUUCCUAUUUUGGAUUUAAUGAAGUGGUUUGAGUGCUUUGACAUUAGGGCGCCAGAUUGUGAUGGUUCAGUGGUUUAUUUUCUGGCUUCUGCUCAGUGCUGCCGAUAGACAUUGUUAUAUCUGCUGUGAUUUUUUGGCAUUAAAUACCCUGCUUUGUUGUUCACAAUUGCGGGACAAUCUGCAUUAAUGCAGUGAUUAAGUUUUUGCCACGUUUGAGAAUCCAGAAUUCAACAGUUGUAACACAAAAAAAGAACAAAUAUGGGUUCCUUGUAUAUUCAAGAUUAAAAAGACCCUGUCAUUACUAUCAAGAUAAUAAUUGGCAAUUCAUCGUGAUUAAUAUUCCUGACCUUCAGCAGUGUUUAUACAUUCAAUCUCAUAUUCCUGUAAAUGAGUAGCUUGCGUUUGGAGAACCUUAAUGACUUCUUGUGCCUCAUACCGAGUCUUGCAAUAAUUAUUGAUUACAUUUUUGCUGCUUAUGCGCAUGAUGCAAUGUAAUUGCGAAUGUUUAUUUGAAGCAUUAAUCUAUAUAUUGAGCUGCUUGUAUAUACGGUGAAGUUUUAACCUUUGGCUAAAAUCCAUUUCCAAGGUGCUGAAUUAUUAUUUUCCGCAAGCCGCAGCUCGUUUGAACGAUUUCUGGUCCGAUCCGAUAAAUGGCUGAAUGUCUGGGUAAUGUAGGUGUAACCUUACACGAAAUAGUUUCAACAUAUGAAUUGCAGAACUUGAGUUGAUUAUGUUUUCAAGCAUAGACUAUGCACAUAAAUGGAUUAGAGCCAUCAUUUGGAAGAUGCUGCUCUGCGCUCGAAAGGGCAUAGAUUAUAAUAAUCAGCUCAGAGAAAAAUGAAGUGCUAACCUUACAUGAAAUAGUUGGGGCUGCUUUUUGUUUAAUCUUUACUCGUGUAAACAAGUUUGUAUUUUCUCGUCAUAUGCAUCGUAGUGCACCAUAUGUUUUGCACAUUGGACUCGUUACUAUGUUUUUUUUGUUUUUUAGAGUCUACAUCCUGAGUCGUAUAUUGUUUGUUUUAAUACCGAACUCCUCUCACUUACAGGAAGUCUUAGGUUGUUGAAUCAGACCAUAACGAUUCCCGAGUACUGUAAUUCGAGUGGUAAGCAGCUGCACAAAGGCUCCUUUACUCUUGAAACCGCAGGCCCUUACCGCUGAAGGUUAUCACAAUGACAAACUUCCUUGUUGUGCAGAGCCACGGUGGCUGGAAAGUGGGAUUUGUGCUGAGUGCGAGAGAGAAAAGGAAGUCGCAUGAGAAAUGAUGAAAGUUCAUGAAUUACGCUACACGAGUAUAGUCCUUUAUUUAAUUACUUACAUAAUUACACUAGGUUUAUGAAGUUAAUCUACGAGAGUGUGCAGUGCAGUCCUCUGACAAUCCACUGCUGGAUGAACGCCUUCCCACACCACGACGGUCCAACAGGUUGUUUGUGGUGUGUGGUGUCUAAACCCAGGUCUUAGGACUCACCCCUUCACUAACUCCCACUGACCAGUGUGGUGAAGUAUGGUCAAACAGACCCUCCACCACGGUACGGGGAGGCCUUCAUUAACAUAACAUUGGCAGUAAAUUCCAGAAAUAAUUACAGUAUAUGCAUUAAGCAGUAUUUACGUUGGGUCCGUACAUUAAAAUCAGCAUAUGUUUGUUCUGCUCAUAUGUUACUGCCGUGCUGUUUUGUGUUCCAAAAGACACAGCCAAAACAAUGCCGUGAAUUAUUACUGCACUAUUGUAUUAACAAGCCUUUCAUUGCAUGUUCAUGUUGGUCAUAAAAUAUGCUGUGUUAUACCUGCCAUACCCAAAGAAAGAUUUGCUGCGUAGGUUUAUAUGCAUGCCAAAACAGUAUAUGCAAUGCAUUGUUAUAAGCUAUACAUUUAUUUAUGACAGUGUUAUUCGAGUUGUUGAUGUAUUCCUGCGAGUGCUUGACUUGUGUGUGAGAGAAAUUUAUAAAUUUCGUCAACUUAACACGUAGUUCAUUUAUAUAUGGUUGAUCUUUUGCAUUUAUUGCUUGUUUUUUGUUUGAAAAUGUCUCCCUUUCACAGAGAGCUGUGAGUGUGUCAUUGGUCUGUCUGUAGUUCUAGGACAGGGGUCGGCAACCUACGGCUCCGGAGCCGCAUGCGGCUCUUUACGGGCUGCUUCUUGACGAUAUGUACGUAUGUACAGUAUGUACUCAGAUGCAUUGCGGCUCUUGAAAUACUGAAUUUUGUACCGAAUUGUAAAGGAAUGGCUCUUCUUGUUAUUUUGGUUGCCGACCCCUGUUCUUGGAGAAUAGCCUAAUACUGUAAUAUACUUGGAUUGGUGCUUUGAUCCUGGUUUUGAAAUUUGCUGUUCAACAACGAGGACCGGUAUUUUUUCAUGCUUGGCCAAAUGCUAAACGAACCAAAAAGGGACUUGUACUUAUGGAAAUGCACAUCGCAUGUAAUCAAUAUACACCUAUACAUGCACAAUAAACAAAACAUUUUACACGUA